AUGGGGGAAAUAAAGCAACGCUUGCAAGAACAACAAAGAAUAGAAGAGAAUGGUGAAGAUAUACCGGACGAAAACAAACGUAGAAAUGUUCCCUUUUUGCCUCGUUCGUGGACACAACUGGACAUUCAGCCAAACCUUCGCGAUGUCCUCAGUCAAGGUACUUUCAUUGCAUCCACCAUUCUCUUCCCACACUCUCUCUCUCUUCUCUCUCUCUCAUCUCUCUCUUUCUCUCCCUCUCUCUCUCUUCCCUUUCUCUACCAUCUCUUCUCUCUCUCCCUCUCUUCUCUCUUUCCCAUUUUCUCUUCUCUCGCUUCCUUCUCUCCCUCCCUCCUUUCUACACCCUCUCCCUCUCUUCUCUCUCCCCUCUUUCUCCUAUCUCUUUUCUCUCUCUCUUCAUCUCAUUCUCUCUGUUUCUCUCUUCCUCUCUACCCCCUCACAUUCUUUCUUCUAUCCCUCUUUCUACCCACCUCUCUCUCUCACAAAAAUGUCUGGAAUUAA